AUGUUUCCCUUGUUUAAUUGGAAUUUAAAUUUUUUUUCCUUCCCCAAUUUUUUUAUUUGGGGGGAACCAACCCGUGCUGGUCGUGGAGCACCAACUCCAAAGGUGACCCCAAGGGCAACCUCAAGGGUGGCCCCAAAGGCGAUCCUGAAGGGCAACCUCAAAGGUGACCCCAAGAGCAACCCCAAAAGUGACCCCAAAGGUGACCCCAAAGGUGACCUGGAAGGUGCCUCCCAGGGCGACCAUGAUGGCAACCUCAAAGGUGACCCCAAAGAUGACCCCAAAAGCAACUUCAAAGGUGACCCUGAGGGCAACCCCAAAGGCGACCUCAGAGGUGUCCCCAAAGGUGACCAUGAUGGAAACCUCAAAGGUGACCCAAAGACAACCCCAAAGGUGUCCCCAAAGGCGACCUCAAAGGUGUCCCCAAAGGCGACCAUGAUGGAAACCUCAAAGGUGACCCCAAAGUCAACUUCAAAGGGCAACCCCAAAGGCGACCUCAAAGGUGACCCCAAAGGCAACUUUGAAGGUGACCCCAAAGGUGACCUAGAAGGUGCCCCCAAGGACAAUCAUGAUGGCAACCCCAAAGGCGACCUCAAAGGUGACCCCAAAGAUGACCCCAAAGUCAACUUCAAAGGGCAACCCAAAGGCGACCUCAAAGGUGACCAUGAUGGCAACCUCCAAGGUGACCCCAAAGACAACUUUGAAGGGCUUGACCUCAGGGCGACCCCACAGGUGACCCUGAGGGUGACCCCGAGGGCCACCCCGCGUCCCCUCCCAUGUGGCCCCCGCGUCCCUCCCCGGCGCUGGUGCUGGCGCUCCCGAGCCGUUUCCGAGCGGCUUCUCUUGGUGAUGGCCCCCUUGUAG